UUUCAAGCCCAGAAAUUGUGGCAAAGAUUGGCACUCAUUCUUUGCCUUUUGUCUCUUGUGCAACUCAAACCUACACUUAUUCGUCAGACCCUUUACCACAACAUACACUUCGUGAAGAAAACAAACACCAUAACAUGGUAGCACAAGCUCUUCUUUCAUCAUCUCUUACUUCCUCUGUGGAGACUGCUAGGCAAAUUCUAGGAGCAAGAUUUCUCCAAUCCCCAAUUGGGUCCUCAAGAAAAGCAUCCUUUGUUGUUAGGGCAGCCUCUACUCCCCCUGUUAAGCAAGGAGCUGACAGACCCUUGUGGUUUGCUUCCAAACAGAGCCUUUCAUACUUGGAUGGAAGCCUCCCAGGAGACUACGGGUUCGACCCACUUGGUCUUUCAGACCCAGAAGGCACAGGAGGGUUCAUCGAACCCAAGUGGCUAGCCUAUGGAGAAAUCAUUAACGGGCGGUUCGCCAUGUUGGGUGCAGCUGGUGCCAUUGCACCAGAAAUUCUUGGCAAAGCUGGUCUUAUUCCACCAGAAACAGCUCUCCCUUGGUUCAAAACAGGGGUGAUUCCCCCAGCUGGAACAUACAACUACUGGGCUGACCCAUACACACUCUUUGUCCUUGAAUUGGCUCUCAUGGGCUUCGCCGAGCACAGGAGAUUCCAGGACUGGGCCAAACCUGGAUCCAUGAGCAAGCAAUAUUUCUUGGGGUUUGAGAAAUUUUUGGGUGGUUCCGGAGAUCCGGCAUACCCAGGAGGCCCAUUGUUUAACCCUCUAGGAUUUGGGAAAGAUGAGAAGUCAAUGAAGGAUUUGAAGCUCAAGGAAGUGAAGAAUGGAAGAUUGGCUAUGUUGGCAGUUUUGGGAUACUUUAUUCAAGGGCUUGUUACAGGAGUUGGGCCAUACCAAAACCUGUUGGAUCAUUUGGCUGACCCCGUCAACAACAAUGUAUUGACUAGCCUUAAAUUCCACUAGAGUUCACCCGUUUGUUGCUUGGAAUGAUCAAACUCUCACCCCAUCUUUGUUUUCCUGGCUGCUUUGUCUUGUAAAAUCAUGUGAAAAGUUAUUGUAAUUCUUGAAUCGACAUGUUAGUUGCCAAACAAA